ACCACCAAUGCCUUUCUCUGGCUUUGGCAUUGUUUGGUUUUAAUCUUUUUGGAGCAGACUUUUAUUUUUAGAUUUUUAUUUGAUUCCCCAUCAGCCAAAGCACAGUGCCUGAAAAUGCCUUUAGUGAUCUCUGAUGUCACGGAUUGUCUGCUACUGUGGUGCUGGUGACUGGGUGGAAGUGUGGAACAACCACGAGAAAGCUUAGGAUACGAAAGGAUAGAAAGAAAGAAAAGCAUCCACUUUCUCUCUCUUUGAUUCUCCAUCCAAUGUUUCUUUUCUCUCACCCUCUCCUCUUAUUCUCUCCUCCAAUCUUCCACACCCUUUUCCUUUACCAGCCACCUUUAUUUACGUUCUCUGUGAAUUGAUUUUGGGAUUCCCAACCCUCAACCUCAAAAGGGACAAAAAAAUGGCGACGAGGAAAGAUAGCAUUCGCUCAUACGGUCUGAUAAAGCAAUUAUUUUAUUUGUUGUGUUGGGCCCCUUGAAAAGACACGCCUCACAGAUGUCUUCUUUGUAAGAGAUGAGAAGGGAAAUUGUAAAUGGAGGCAAGAGGACGUUUUCCAGAUCCCUGGAAGCUUCGACGAUGACGAAAUCUUACUACAGCUAUCAGUAUCAAAGAAGCGCAUUUGCAGGUCUCUUGGUGCUGCUGCUCCCGUUUUUCUUCCCUUCUCUCUUCACUCCACUGGGCCAUGCCUCUCCUUCAAUCUUCUCGGAAUGGAAUGCUCCUAAAUCUAGGCACUUGCCACUUCUAAAGGGUGCUUUACAAAGGCAAACUUCAAAUGUACAGCAGUUCGAUCUCUGGUCUCCCUUGGCUGAUCAAGGGUGGAAACCUUGUGUUGAACCUGUAGAACCUGCCGCUUUACCAAGAAAAUCUCAGGGAUAUAUCCAAGUAUUUCUGGAUGGAGGAUUGAACCAACAGAGGAUGGGGAUUUGCGAUGCAGUUGCUGUUGCAAAAAUUUUGAAUGCAACACUUGUGAUUCCACACCUUGAAGUAAAUCCUGUUUGGAAGGAUUCAAGUACAUUCACAGAAAUAUUUGACGUGGAUCACUUUAUUGAAGUCUUGAAGAAUGAAAUUUCUAUAGUUAAAGAGCUACCUGAAGAUUUCUCAUGGAGCACAAGAGAGUAUUAUGCAACAGCCAUCCGAGCUACAAGAAUCAAAACAGCACCAGUUCAUGCUUCGGCUAAUUGGUAUCUAGAGAAUGUCUUGCCUUUAUUGCAGAGCUAUGGAAUUGCUGCCAUUGCUCCAUUUUCACACCGUUUGGCUUUUGACAAUUUGCCCAUGGACAUUCAACGGCUACGUUGUAAAGUAAAUUUUCAAGCAUUGAUAUUUGUUCCGCAUAUCAGAGCAUUGGGUGAUGCCCUUAUUAGUCGCCUUCGGUAUUCACCAAAUAAAACUGCAAAAUUAGUAAGUGAAUUCCUGCAGCAGACAACAGUUGAGAAAGAUAAAGAGGGAACUGGGAAGUUUGUUGUGCUACAUCUUCGGUUUGAUAAGGAUAUGGCUGCUCAUUCAGCCUGUGAUUUUGGUGGUGGCAAAUCAGAAAAACUUGCUCUGGCGAAGUACAGGCAAGUGAUUUGGCAGGGAAGAGUCUUAAACUCUCAGUUUACUGAUGAGGAGUUGAGAAGUCAGGGUCGUUGCCCACUGACCCCAGAAGAGAUUGGAUUGCUGCUGGCAGCUUUGGGCUUUGACAAUAGUACCCGCCUCUAUCUUGCCUCCCACAAGGUCUAUGGUGGGGAAGCCAGGAUCGCUGCUUUGCGUGUGCUGUUUCCAUUGAUGGAAGAUAAAAAGAGUCUUGCUUCUGCAGAGGAACGAGCCAAUAUUGAAGGAAAGGCUUCUUUAUUAGCUGCAGUGGAUUAUUAUGUGAGCAUGCACAGUGACAUUUUUAUCUCUGCAUCUCCUGGCAACAUGCACAAUGCCUUGGUCGGACACCGAACAUAUGAGAAUUUGAAGACAAUAAGGCCGAAUAUGGCUUUGGUGGGUCAGCUCUUCCUGAAUAAGAGUAUGGGAUGGUCAGAGUUUCAACUUGCAGUUCUGGAAGGGCACAAAAAUAGACAAGGGCAUAUUAGAUUGAAGAAAGAGAAACAAUCCAUAUACACGUACCCUGCUCCUGACUGUAUGUGUCAAGCUUAGCACAAAUUUAUUCAAAGGAUGCUUGUCUGUGUGCAAUAUCUGUGCUCCCAUUGUUUGUGGCUUGUACGAAUCUACUCCUCCCAUUUAUAUAGAAUUAUUCCCAUUUUAUACAAGCUUCAUCAAUGUAUGCAUCAUCUAUUUUGUGGUGUUCUGUUUUGUUUGGAUUUUCGCAAAUAAGGCCUUAUGCAGGUUUAAUAAAUUAUGAGAAUAUUAAUCAAGCUUUAUUGAUAUCUUACUCA